AUGAUCACUGAUUUGUACUUUAAAAGUAGCUUUCCAUGUUCUGCUUUCUAUUUGUUUGCCAGAGGAUAUUCCACUGCGAAAGCAAGUUUGAUAAAUGAGGAAAAGGGAAUUUUUGAACUUCCCUUACUGGAUUUUAGUGUAGAGACUGGACAUAGUGAUCCUUCUUUCAGAGUUUAUCCUUGGAUUCCACUAGAUCAAAUAGAUGCAAAUGUGAAUGAUUUGCAAUGUAGAGUUGUUGUAUUGAAUGAAGAAUAUACAUAUGUCUAUCCAAGAGAUACUGCAGAGAUGUUAAAAUUAUUCGAAAGAUUUUGUGCCAAUAUUGAGGAAACAUCUUACUCAAUCAUGAUUAAUAAUAUGCUGGAGAGAUAUAUUGGACUAGACAAUUACUUAGACACUCUCCAACGUCAUACUGUCUGCCAUCAUGAACAUUUCAGGAGAGUAAAAUGUGUAAAUCCCACCAAAAGUGCAAGAAUUUACUUUCAAUCGCAAGUUGACAAGUAUUCGAAACAAAUUUUUGAAAAAUUUAAAGGUGUUAAUGAAGAACUAGCUUGUGUAUAUUUAUCCAAAUUUCCAUUCAGUAAUGAGGUUGAAUACUUGCUUAAUACACAUAUUGGUGAACUACUCGAGAAUAUUCCAGAAGAUUUUUCUACCUUCUUUCCAAGUUUUACUGCUCAACGAACCAAAUUGAAAGAAUCCUAUAGAGGAACAUUUGGAGUGGAUGGAUUCUUAAUUAGAGCAAUUGAUAAGUGUUUGAGGAGAUACUUGCAUUUAUUUGUGCUUUCUGAACCAACCCUAACUCUUGCAACAAAAUCAGGCUCAUUUUCUUCCAGUAAGUUAUUGAAUUGUUUUGAGAAUUAA